AUGAGCGUACCACAGGCGAACCUGGGCAAGUCUUUGUCGUCUCCUUCUCCAUCCUCGCACUCGCCAGUCACCCCAGCAGCCGCAUCGACUGGCGGCGCUGACUACUCCUCCCGUCGGCCGAACCAGCAGACCAGCGGACCUGCUGCAGGCAUCUCGGCGGCCCCACGCAAAGGCCAGGCAUCACGCAAGCAACACCGGAACCAGAAACGGCCGGGCGCUGCGAGCGGUGGAGCGUCCGGCAGUGGCAACACCGGGCAGAACAAGAACAAAAACUACCGCUUCGAGGACGAGGAUGAUAUGGCGGAAACCCGCGCUUUGAAGAACGCGUCCAGCCGCCGCGGCCAGACGUCCAUCACCCACCUCCUCAACUAUGCGGCGCCCUCUCGCGCCCAUCUGGACCACGCCUUUGGCGGCAACGACCACUACUACGGCAGCCGCUCCCGGCACCAUGGAGGACACCAUCACUACGCCGGCGGUGGCCACCACUCGUACCGCUCCCACCACCACAACAGCUCGGUCGACAAGGCCCGGUUUGUGCACUCCAACUACCGUUUCGUUGUCUCGCCCAAGGGCAACUAUGCGACCCAAGCCACCGACGCCGACGGGUACAUUGACUGGAGCGAUGUCCUGCAGGUCCUGGCGUCGACUGAGUCUCAAAGCUCGUCGUGUCCCAUCUGUCUGUCAGAGCCUGUUGCGCCCCGCAUGGCCAAGUGCGGCCACAUCUUCUGUCUGCCCUGUCUGAUUCGCUUCAUGCACGCCAUCGAUGCCGACGACUCGGCCAGCAACGCCUCCCGUACCGCACGCACUGUGGUCGGUCUCCCGCCUGUCCCGGAUGCGAAUGGCGCACUCGCAUCGCCGUCAGCACCCGUGCCAGAAAAGCGAGCCAAGUGGAAGAAGUGCCCCAUCUGUGAGGAGAGCGUGUACCUGGGGGAGGUGCGGCCCGUACGCUUCUAUGCAGGGCAAGAAAGCCCGUUGCCCCGGCCAGGUGACGAUGUCGUGCUACGUCUCAUGAUGCGCCACGCCAACUCGACCGUCGCAUUGCCACGCGAAAGCGCAGCGGAUGUACUCAAUUCUGGAGCCAAGGGCGGACGGGGCGGUGUUUCGAUUCCGUGGCACUUUGCGGCCAAUGUACUUGACUAUGCACGCAUCAUGAAGGGAACCGGGGACUACAUGGUGGAGGAGUUUGGGCGGGAGCUGGAAGACCUUGCGCGCCAGGAGAAAGAGGACGAGCUGCUGUUCCACGAGGACGGCGAGUGGACACGGCGCGCUAUGCGGGCCGUGCGAACGGCACAGGAGAGCUCCCGAGAACUGGGCGGAAUCGAGCUCGCACUGCAGGACGGCAGCAUUUUCGGUGGCAGUAGCAGCAACCAGCGACCAAUGAAGCAACUUCCUGUCGGGGCCGAACCUGCGUCACCCACGGUGGCAACCGCAUCACCAGCUCCAGCACGAGCUGCGCAACCGCGUCCCGACGACGGACUAUCUUCCCUACCACGACCAACGGCCGCCUCAUCAGGCGCCGCCGCUGCCGCAGGUGCAGCUGCUACUGUGGCAACCCCACAAGACUUUUACUUUUACAUGUCACCGCCGCACCUCUAUCUCUCUCCGCUGGACAUUCGUAUCCUCAAGACCAAAUACGGCUCCUUUUCGGCGUUCCCCUCCACCCUCCUGCCGCGCGUCGAGCACAUUUCCACCGGCCACGUGGUAGACGACGCCAUGCGCCGCCGCGCCAAGUAUCUUGGUCAUCUCCCCGCCGGCUGCGUCGUGUCCUUUCUGGAGUGCGACUGGACGGACAUUGUGCCGGCCGAGACGCUCGCUACGUUUGCCGAGGACAUUGAGCGCCGCCGGAAGCGCAACCGCGACAAGGCCUUCCAGGAAGAGCGCGAACGGUUGCAGGCCGAGCGUCUUGAAGCCGCCGCACUCCACAGAGGUGCUGGACGGCGCGGUGGUAUCGGUGGCGGAGGCGGUAGUGGUGAUGCACACGGCGGUCUUGAUGGCGGCGAUCACGGCCACGACAGCGUAUACGACGACGCCGUCCGGCCCAUGGAUAUCAACGAGUUCCAGCCGCUCGGGGGUGGUCCUGGUGACAGCGAGGGCGGCGGCUUGACAUCGUCGUCGGCCUCCCCGCCCAACCCGCGCCUUGGCUUUGGCCAGCUGGCAUCCAUGUCGACGACGCCGCCUUCGUCGUCGUCCAACUCGGCAUCACGCACCGUUUGGGGUACGCGCGCCGUGCCCGUGUCGCCGAGCCUGCAAGCCUAUGUUGCCAGUAAUGCCCCGGACGAUGGCUGGCUCAAGGACGACCAGGUGCUGGGCUCGCUCCUCGAUACGAGCGGAGCCAGCGACGCCGACCUGGUGGCCCAGAUGGAAGCCCUGGGCGUAGAGGCGGCCAAGCAGACCGUCGACGGCGACGCGGCCGCUGCCGCGUCCCCGGCUGCGGGUGGCAAAUCCAAGAAGAAGAAGAAGCAAAAAAUUACACUCAUGAGCACCGGCGGCCGAAGAGGAUUCUGA